UUGGAAGAAAAGUUGCGAAAUAAAUCAAGAUCCAUGUUGAGUACACUAAAAUUACAGGCAGCUGAUUUCAGCAUUACCUCCUUCAAGCACGCCUUCCCUAAUAACAUCCGCCCACUACGUUCUCUCAGUAAUCUCCGCCUUCCGCUCCGCCGCAACGCUUCCCAUCCCUUCCGGUCGUACUAUGUUUCAGCUUCGUCGUCUUCGUCUGAGACGUCAGUUUCUACUCAUAACAUCUCCUCCGUCGGAUCCCCCACUCUUCAGCUCUCUCAAUGGGGCCUCACCAACCGCCACAUCCUCGUGUUCAAAGUCUUCGCCUGCGCUGUGGCCUUUUUGGCAACUUGGCUUUUUCUCUCUGCAAUCCCUACUCUUCUGGCUUUCAAGAGAGCAGCAGAGUCACUAGAGAAGCUGAUGGAUGUCACCAGGGAAGAGCUUCCUGAUACAAUGGCUGCUGUUCGGUUAUCAGGCAUGGAGAUUAGCGACUUGACAAUGGAGCUUAGUGAUUUGGGACAGGGGAUUACUCAAGGUGUUAGAAGCUCAACCAAAGCUGUUCGGUUAGCUGAGGAGACAUUGCGUGGGUUAACAGAUGUUGGUUCAUCAGCUUCGGUGCAGGUGGUAGCCAGUCAGAAAGCUGAAGUACCACGACCAGUGUUGGCUAGAACUGCAAGAAGCAUAAGGGAGGGAAUUGUAAAGGGUCGAGCCAUAUUUCAAAUAUUUUUCACUCUUACCCGAUUUUCUAAGAUUGUUCUUAACUAUUUUUCCAGCCGGGGUAAGCGGUAGAACUAUGGAGGCAAGCUUUGUGUUAGGCAAGUUUGGAUUUGUCUUCUAUGCAUGCGAUGCUGAAUUUUGUCAUCUUCUGUUACCAUUUUUACCCCUUAAUGUGUAGUGUGUAUGACUUGAGAUCCAAGUGACCUAUCGAGUUAGGAUUCUUUGCUGUCUCUUUUUGUUCUGCUGAUUGCAGUUGAAGCAUCAUGCUUUGGCUAAAAGAUAUACGAACGAUGAUAAAAUUUUUGCUUUGGACCAGUUGAUAUGAAGCUUGAGAUCCUUCAGCUUCCA